CCAGAUGAUGGGGUGGUGUCGCUCAGGCGUGUGCAGAGCCCUGGCUCUCUUGGCGCUCCUGUUCCCCCUGCGGGAGAUGGGGGGCUGCUGGGGGCUGAAUCCCAGCUCUGGGGAUCUGGAGAACUCCCAGCACUCUGAUCCAGACCCCUGGGAGGUCCUGCACAGGCACAGACGCAGCUGGGUAUGGAACCAGUUCUUCGUAUUGGAGGAGUACACGGGAAAUGAGCCGCUCUACGUCGGCAAGCUACAUUCAGAUGUGGACAAAGGAGACGGCAAGGUGAAAUAUGUGCUCUCUGGCGAGGGCGCCACCUCCAUCUUCACCAUUGAUGAGAACACAGGAGACAUCCACGCCACGAAGCUUGAUCGGGAGGCUCAACCCUACUACACCCUCCAAGCUCAAGCUGUAGACCGAAUCACCAAUAUACCCGUCGAGCCCAGGUCUGAAUUUGUGGUCAAGGUCCAGGACAUCAAUGAUAAUGAGCCAAAGUUUCUGGAUGGACCGUACCUGGCAGGAGUACCCGAGAUGUCACCCUUAGGAACCACGGUAGUGCAAGUGGCAGCCACAGAUGCAGAUGACCCAACAUAUGGGAACAGUGCCAGAGUGAUCUACAGCAUCAUCCACGGACAGCCGUACUUCUCAGUGGAGCCAAAGACAGGUGUCAUCAGAACAGCUCUGCCAGACAUGGACCGGGAGACAAGGGACCAGUAUGUUCUUGUCAUACAGGCCAAAGACAUGGUCGGCCAGAUGGGUGGCCUCUCCGGCACAACCACCGUCACUGUCACGCUUACUGAUGUCAAUGACAACCCACCGCGGUUCACUCACAAGAACUAUCAGUACACGGUGCUGGAGUCACUGCCGGUGCAAUCUGUGGUGGCCAGAAUCAAGGCUGCAGAUUCUGACAUAGGCUCCAAUGCAGAGAUGGACUACAGGAUCAUGGACGGAGACGGGCCUUCCAUUUUCAACAUAACGACAGAUGAGGAAACACAAGAUGGAGUCAUUAUCCUCCUGAAGCCUCUGGACUUUGAAACAAAGAGCAGUUUUUCGAUGAGAAUUGAAGCCACAAACAGGAACAUCGACUCCAACUUCUUAAGUUCAGGACCAUUCAGCGAUACAACAUCAGUCAGGGUGACAGUGCAAGAUGUGAACGAGCCACCGGUCUUUUCAUCUCCUCUUAGCAAGAUGGUGGUUUCAGAAGAUGCCAAAAUGGGCACCUCAAUCGGAAGAGUCUCUGCCCAUGACCCGGACACCUCCAACAAUGCCAUCAGGUACUCCAUUGACAGAAACACUGACUUGGAGCGCUUUUUUAAUGUAGACGCUUUAAGUGGGGUCAUCAGCACAGCCAAGCCUUUGGAUCGUGAGGCCAACUCGAUCCAUAACCUCACCAUCUUCGCUAUCGAAAGCCAGGAUCCAAAUCAGAUUGGAAAAGGAAUCGCUCUCAUCACAGUGCUGGACAUAAAUGAUAAUGCCCCGGUCUUUGCCAUCGACUAUGAAACCCUCCUCUGUGAAAACGCCAUGCCAGGACAGGUGAUCCAGACCAUCAGCGCCGUGGAUAAGGACGAACCUUUGAGCGGCCAUCGCUUUUAUUUCGCCCUGGCUGCUCCUGUUGCCGGCAACCUCAACUUCACCCUGCGGGACAACAAAGACAACACGGCGUCCAUUUUGACAAAACGAGGCGGUUUCAGGCGAGGAGAGCAGCCUGUGUACCGGCUGCCCGUGUUGAUUGUGGACAGUGGAAGUCCGGCCCUCAGCAGCACAAACACACUGUCGGUGCGUGUGUGCGACUGUGACUCCGACGGCGUGGCCUUGUCUUGUGGAGCUGUGGCUUACAUCGCGACCGGCCUGAGCACCGGUGCCCUCCUGGCUAUUUUGGGCUGCAUCAUCACACUCCUGGUGAUGGUUCUGCUAAUUGUGACGAUGCGUCGGCGGAAGAAGGAGCCCCUGAUCCUGGAGGAGGAGAGGGACAUCAGAGAGAACAUUGUGCGUUAUGAUGACGAGGGCGGGGGAGAGGAGGACACAGAGGCCUUCGACAUGGUCACCCUGCGUAACCUAAACGUCAUCAGGGACCCCAACGUGCGGCGAGAUGUCACACCUGAUACUCCCACCUUCUUUCAUUACCCAUCAACUACUCGCCCAGCCUACAAAUCCCUGCCGGACAACGUGGUGUUUCGAGAGUUUAUUUGGGAGCGUCUUAAGGACGCCGAUGUGGACCCGUCUGCUCCCCCAUACGACUCUCUGCAGACGUAUGCUUUUGAAGGCAGCGGCUCUGUAGCAGACUCUCUAAGCUCAUUGGAGUCACUAAGUACAGAUUCAGAUCAGAACUACGACUAUCUGAGCAACUGGGGACCACGCUUCAAAAAGCUGGCCGACCUCUACGGGAACAGCGACAGCGCCGGUGUCUUCUCAUAGCCCCUCGAUGUCUCUCAACAUUUCUUGGACUUGGCAAAAAAAAUAAAAAUACAAGUAAUUU